GAACGACUUUCCGUAGUUGUAGUAAACAUGGCGUCCGACAGCGACAGCGACGGAGAUUUUGUUACUUUUGGAACCCCAUUAGAACCUCUAGAAGAAGAUGAGCCUCUGAGGAAGCCUGUCCCGCUGUACGAGCAGACCGUGAAGGAUGAGAAGGGCCGCUACCAGAGGUUCCAUGGAGCCUUCACUGGGGGAUUCUCUGCUGGGUACUUCAACACCGUGGGCACCAAAGAAGGGUGGACUCCAGCAACCUUUGUUUCAUCCAGACAGCAGAAAGCAGGCAGACAGAAUGCCAGGCCAGAGGACUUCAUGGAUGAGGAGGAUCUGGGGGACCACGGCAUCGCCCCCAGACAAAUCACCACUACAGCUGACUUCGCCUCCGGCAGGAAGGAUGUGAUCAGGGACAAGGCCAGAGCCAUCACCUCUCUUUCAGCCCCUAUCCCAGGGGACACUGUCCUGGAAGACUUGGUGGCUCCAGCUAGGUCCUCCAUGGGGGUGGAGUUACUGAGGAAGAUGGGCUGGAAGGACGGCCAGGGGGUUGGGCCCAGGGUGAAGAGGAGGCUGUGUAAGCAGAGAGCAGAUUCUGCAACAAGGGCGUUCGGUUCGGCCUCGCCUCCCAACGGUUCAUCGGAAUCACAGGAUGAGGAGGAUGGAGAGUUCGUCCCUGAGAACGUGACCUUCGCUCCUAAAGACGUGACUCCUAUAGACUUCACCCCUAAAGUGGACCUGCACGGCCUGGGCUACCGGGGUCUGAACCCCCUGGCGGCCCUGAGGGGAGGUCCGGGCACGGGACACAUCAACCUGUUCACCAUGGACUCAGACAGGACCAACAGCCUGUUUGGAGAGGACAGGAAGGGACAAAGACGCAGAGGAGGAGUGGCAGGACAGGGUUUUGGUGUGGGUGCGAUGGAGGACGAUGACGAGGACAUCUACCACAGAGACAUCAUGUCUAACUACGACACGGUGCUGGGAGGGGAGGAGCCUGGCAACGGACUGUACGGAUGGACCGCCCCCCAGCAGUACAACAGGAAGAAGAAAGACCACAGUAAAGACGCUGCUUAUCUGGGUAAAAUCCUAGAAGGAUUCACCCUGGCCUCCGAUAAGCUGGAGACCAAAACAAUCUUCCCUCCUCCCAACCUGCCCAGAGACUUCAGGCCGGUCCACUACUUCCGUCCAGUGGUGGACCUGUCCAGCGUCAGCCCCAUGGUAGCCCAGGCCCUGCAGACGUCUCGAGGCCACAUGGCCCAGGAAGAGCCCUCUAAGGGGGGUCGUCACCAGCUGGACUCUGCCCAGAGGAGGGAGCUGCUGGGGGAGGCUACACUGCAAGGUCCCAGCUCUGUGUUUGACCUGCUGAAGGUUGAGGACAGAGAGAGACUCUCCAGCCUACGGAGGCCCUCCUCAGAUACCAGCUCAGGCCCCAGACAGCCCACCCCUGGGGAGGCCAGAGCAGCCGUUGUGGCUGCAGGGGUAGCGGCUGCAGCAGCCAGAGCCUCCGCCCAGAAGGCCCUGUCUAGCAGGUUUGCACCCCACGCAGAGCAGCAGCAGCAGGAAGCUCUGAGUGUGUGGAGCGGCCCUACGGCGCAGGCCCAGACAGGACAGACCUUCAAACCCUUUGAGAGGACCCCUCAUAAACAGGCCCGAUACGACCUCUACAUAGACCAGCUCAAACAGGGAGACCGAGAUGCCCUGGAGUUGAGCUUGGACCCCACCAUGACAGAGUGGGAGAGAGGGAGAGAGAGGGAUGAGUUUGUUCGUGCUGCUCUCCUCUACAAGCCCAGCAGCUCCUCUCUGUCUUGUCGCUUCACCAGAGGGAAACAGGAUGACGGUGUGGAGGCAGACACUGUGGAGGUGACACGAGAUCAGGAGAAUGAUGUGGAUGACAAGCAGGCAGCCGUGAAGAUGAAGAUGUUUGGAAAACUGACCAGAGACACGUUUGAAUGGCACCCUGACAAUCUGCUCUGCAAGAGGUUCAACGUACCUGACCCCUAUCCUGGGUCAGGGUUUGUGGGAAUGCCCAAAGUGAAGAGAGACAAGUUCUCUGUGUUUAACUUCCUGACUGUAUCAGAGAGUCCAACAGCUAGUGCUUCCCCCGCUCCACAAGGUGUGAAGCCCUCUGAGCCAGGGAAGAGGUCCAGGUGGGAUGUGUCUGGCCAGGCUGGGGACAAGGAGAGGAAGGAGAAGGAUCCGGUCAGUGAGUUCCUCAGUGUGGCUCGUAUUGAAGCCUCUGGGUCAGGACCAGAAGCCUCUACUACUGAUGGCCCUACAACGGAUCCUACUGUAGAGCCAGACACGGAGCAGAAAGAGGAGGAGGAGGAGGAGGAGAGCAGGCCGUCUAUGGAUCUGUUCAAGGCCAUCUUCGCCAGUUCAUCAGACGAGAAGUCUUCCUCUUCUUCUGAAGGAGAGAGUGAGGAGGAGGAGGAGAAGGAGGAAGGGGUUCGGAGCAAGGCUGGGACUGGGCCUCAGAUAUCUAACCAGUUGAAUGUCAACACAACCCAGCCUGCUCCUCCUGUGUCAACGACACCCAGCCAGCACCCAGACAUUCUGUUCAAAACGCCCAGUGGUCCUGCUGCUGCCCCUCCCCCUCGGGACCAGGAAAUGGAAGAGGAGGAGUUUGGACCUCGGCUGCCUCCUCCUUCCUCUACAUUGACAGCGGAGCGCCGUCCGUCCCCGACUCCCUCUGCUAAGGACGACAAACACAAGAAGAAGUGUAAGGAGAAGCACAAAGCCAAGAAACACGGCAAGCACAAGAAGGACAAGAAGCAGAAGAAGAAGCACAAGAGACACAAGCACAAAGGCAAGCAGAAGAAGACCAAGAAGGAGGAGUCAUCAGACAGCAGCUCAGAGGGGAGUGACGGGAACGGCCAGGAGGAGGGGGGAGGGGUAUCAACAGAAGAGCUGCUCAGAAGGUUGAAGAGCAUCCGUGUUACAGUAUUAUGACAGGGUUAUUACAUACAUGAUAUUGAUCCUUCCUCUCCCAUCUGACCAGGUUGAAGAGCAUCCGUGUUACAGUAUUAUGACAGGGUUAUUACAUACAUGAUAUUGAUCCUUCCUCUCCCAUCUGACCAGGUUGAAGAGCAUCCGUGUUACAGUAUUAUGACAGGGUUAUUACAUACAUGAUAUUGAUCCUUCCUCUCCCAUCUGACCAGGUUGAAGAGCAUCCGUGUUACAGUAUUAUGACAGGGUUAUUACAUACAUGAUAUUGAUCCUUCCUCUCCCAUCUGACCAGGUUGAAGAGCAUCCGUGUUACAGUAUUAUGACAGGGUUAUUACAUACAUGAUAUUGAUCCUUCCUCUCCCAUCUGACCAGGUUGAAGAGCAUCCGUGUUACAGUAUUAUGACAGGGUUAUUACAUACAUGAUAUUGAUCCUUCCUCUCCCAUCUGACCAGGUUGAAGAGCAUCCGUGUUACAGUAUUAUGACAGGGUUAUUACAUACAUGAUAUUGAUCCUUCCUCUCCCAUCUGACCAGGUUGAAGAGCAUCCGUGUUACAGUAUUAUGACAGGGUUAUUACAUACAUGAUAUUGAUCCUUCCUCUCCCAUCUGACCAGGUUGAAGAGCAUCCGUGUUACAGUAUUAUGACAGGGUUAUUACAUACAUGAUAUUGAUCCUUCCUCUCCCAUCUGACCAGGUUGAAGAGCAUCCGUGUUACAGUAUUAUGACAGGGUUAUUACAUACAUGAUAUUGAUCCUUCCUCUCCCAUCUGACCAGGUUGAAGAGCAUCCGUGUUACAGUAUUAUGACAGGGUUAUUACAUACAUGAUAUUGAUCCUUCCUCUCCCAUCUGACCAGGUUGAAGAGCAUCCGUGUUACAGUAUUAUGACAGGGUUAUUACAUACAUGAUAUUGAUCCUUCCUCUCCCAUCUGACCAGGUUGAAGAGCAUCCGUGUUACAGUAUUAUGACAGGGUUAUUACAUACAUGAUAUUGAUCCUUCCUCUCCCAUCUGACCAGGUUGAAGAGCAUCCGUGUUACAGUAUUAUGACAGGGUUAUUACAUACAUGAUAUUGAUCCUUCCUCUCCCAUCUGACCAGGUUGAAGAGCAUCCGUGUUACAGUAUUAUGACAGGGUUAUUACAUACAUGAUAUUGAUCCUUCCUCUCCCAUCUGACCAGGUUGAAGAGCAUCCGUGUUACAGUAUUAUGACAGGGUUAUUACAUACAUGAUAUUGAUCCUUCCUCUCCCAUCUGACCAGGUUGAAGAGCAUCCGUGUUACAGUAUUAUGACAGGGUUAUUACAUACAUGAUAUUGAUCCUUCCUCUCCCAUCUGACCAGGUUGAAGAGCAUCCGUGUUACAGUAUUAUGACAGGGUUAUUACAUACAUGAUAUUGAUCCUUCCUCUCCCAUCUGACCAGGUUGAAGAGCAUCCGUGUUACAGUAUUAUGACAGGGUUAUUACAUACAUGAUAUUGAUCCUUCCUCUCCCAUCUGACCAGGUUGAAGAGCAUCCGUGUUACAGUAUUAUGACAGGGUUAUUACAUACAUGAUAUUGAUCCUUCCUCUCCCAUCUGACCAGGUUGAAGAGCAUCCGUGUUACAGUAUUAUGACAGGGUUAUUACAUACAUGAUAUUGAUCCUUCCUCUCCCAUCUGACCAGGUUGAAGAGCAUCCGUGUUACAGUAUUAUGACAGGGUUAUUACAUACAUGAUAUUGAUCCUUCCUCUCCCAUCUGACCAGGUUGAAGAGCAUCCGUGUUACAGUAUUAUGACAGGGUUAUUACAUACAUGAUAUUGAUCCUUCCUCUCCCAUCUGACCAGGUUGAAGAGCAUCCGUGUUACAGUAUUAUGACAGGGUUAUUACAUACAUGAUAUUGAUCCUUCCUCUCCCAUCUGACCAGGUUGAAGAGCAUCCGUGUUACAGUAUUAUGACAGGGUUAUUACAUACAUGAUAUUGAUCCUUCCUCUCCCAUCUGACCAGGUUGAAGAGCAUCCGUGUUACAGUAUUAUGACAGGGUUAUUACAUACAUGAUAUUGAUCCUUCCUCUCCCAUCUGACCAGGUUGAAGAGCAUCCGUGUUACAGUAUUAUGACAGGGUUAUUACAUACAUGAUAUUGAUCCUUCCUCUCCCAUCUGACCAGGUUGAAGAGCAUCCGUGUUACAGUAUUAUGACAGGGUUAUUACAUACAUGAUAUUGAUCCUUCCUCUCCCAUCUGACCAGGUUGAAGAGCAUCCGUGUUACAGUAUUAUGACAGGGUUAUUACAUACAUGAUAUUGAUCCUUCCUCUCCCAUCUGACCAGGUUGAAGAGCAUCCGUGUUACAGUAUUAUGACAGGGUUAUUACAUACAUGAUAUUGAUCCUUCCUCUCCCAUCUGACCAGGUUGAAGAGCAUCCGUGGGAAGAAUCUGCAGUGAAUCUGUGAUCCGACAGACAACAGGAUGUCCUCUAUGAGGACAGAUAUCUGGAGACGGGAGUCGGGAACCAUUCUGUAUGAAUUCCAAUAGCCCUGUAGUUAUGAUGCUGAUGAAAGAGGGUCUUACUUUACAUUUGAAAUUGUAAUUCUCAUGAGAUGUGAGUUUUUUUGCUGAUCGAUGUCUCGGGCUGAUAUGUUGAGAGGUCUUGCUAUCGUCUGUUAAUCAAUAAACAUUGGAGAUUUUGUUGUUGUUGUAA